AUGUGUGCCCGGCAGACGUUCGAGUGGCCGGUGACGUCGCCGCUGCUGCCGGGCGAGGUGGUGACGGUGCAGCUGCUGGCGCGCGGGCGCUGGGGCGCGCCGCGCAUGCUCGGCGUGUACCGGCUGGGCCUGCACGUGCUCGUGGCGGACGGCCAGCUCGCGCUCACCGACUCGCUCGUCGACGACAACAACCGCGCCGUUCCGGUGUUCAUAGACAUGGCCAUUUUGUAUGUGCACCCAGAUCUCAUCGCUAGCGACAACGACGCGAGCAGGAAGCAGCUGCCCGCCGUGCCCGCCGUGCCCGCCGUGCCCGCCGUGCCCGCCGUGCCCGCCGUGCACGCGCCGCGCCCCAGCACAUCGCGCCGCAGCUCCAACAAGGAGUCCACGGCCGGCUCCAGCGUCAGCUCCGACCAAGAGAACCCUUUGGACGACCUCGAGCGGAACAUCGCUAACAUCGAACGCUCUAUGCACAAGGACACCGUGAUUGACAUGGAACCCGAAGACGAAUCGCGUACCCGCAAGUUGAAAGUUGCCGGCAAACGCUUGCUGCGCCGUGGAUUAUCCGGGACAAGUGAAAAAGGUCCUCAACCUCCAGAAAGCAGACGGACAACGUUCAAGAGCGUACGCAGCUUCAUCCGCCUGGGCCGGGGCCGGCGCCGGGAGGUCACCCCGGACGAGGAGCAGGCCUUGCUGCCCGCGCCCGACGCGUGCGCGGCCUCCGGGCGCCCCGCGAGCCCGACCUCCGCGUCCUCCGACGAGAUGCUGGUCGACACUCGCGGCUGCCCGGACACUCCGCACAAGAAACGAAUGACGAGUGUGGUGGACGCUGCGGGAACGUCGGCGCUGAAGGCGGCGGACUUCCAGGUGUGCGUCACCAUCAUCGAGGCGCGGCAGCUGGCCGGCCUCAACAUGGACCCCGUGGUGUGCGUGCAGGUGGGCGACGUGCGCAACUACACCAGCGUCAAGGAGAGCACCAACUGCCCCUACUACAACGAGUAUUUCGUCUUCGACUUCCACAUGCCGCCCAUCAUGCUUCUCGACAAGAUUAUAACACUAUCGGUGCUGCACUCCAGGCGCCUGCUGCGCGCCAACAAGCUGCUGGGCAACUUCAAACUCGACGUGGCGACCGUGUGGAACCAACCUGAUCGACAGUUCUACCACAAGUGGGCGCUGCUCACGGACCCCGACGACGUGGGCGGCGGCCCCAAGGGCUACCUCAAGUGCGACAUCAGCGUGAUAGGCAAGGGAGACACCAUCAAGGUGCCGCCUAAGAGCGAAAAAGAUGAAGACGAUAUCGAAGCAAACCUGCUUCUCCCUGACGGAGUGUCCAUCGAGCGGCAGCGUUGCCGGUUCAUCGUCAGGAUCCACCGUGCAGACGGCCUGCCCAAGAUGAACUACUCAAUCCUAGCCAAUGUCAAGAGAGCAUUCACUGGCGAGAGUCAUGACCUCGUCGACCCUUUCGUACAAGUUUCGUUCGCUGGAAUGAAGGGCUGUACAACAGUCAAGAAGAACAGCAACAACCCGCUGUGGAACGAGCAGGUGGUGUUCACGGAGAUGUUCCCCCCGCUCUGCCAGCGCAUCAAGAUCCAGCUGCGCGAUGACGACCCCGUGCACCCCAACACCAUCGGCACGCACUUCAUCGACCUGAAGACCAUCUCACACGACGGCGAGAGAGGUUUCCUGCCAACAUUUGGACCGGCCUAUAUCUUCUUCUAUGGCUCCACACGCGACUACAGUCUGCUGGACCAGCAUGCCGACCUCAACAUGGGGAUCGGAGAAGGAGUGUCCUAUCGAGCGAGAAUGCUCAUAUCGAUUCGCACAGAAAUCAUGGACACCGUCGCGAUACCGGCUUCUCAGGUUGAAAUCGAACCUGUGACUCCCAUAAACGAACAAGCGUUCGAGAAGAACGAGGAAUUCUUCCUGUUCGCGGCCAUGUUCGACGUCAACAUGAUAGACAAGAGGUUGACGGAGAAGCCUAUACAGUUCGAGCUGAGUAUCGGUAACGCUGGAAAUUCAUUAGACGGACACCACGAAUCGGUUAGGAGACCCCAGGACUUGGCGGUCAAUCUAGACGAGGUGACCUCUGACAUCGGGUACUGGCAGAGUACGACGCAGGCGGUGAAGGCGACGUCCAGCGACAAGGCGUACUACUACCUGCCCUACUGGGACAACAAGCAGUGCAUGCACGUGCGCAGCAUCUGGCCCGACCACCGCCGGCGCAUGUACAACUCCAACCUGAUCGCUAACAUCAUCGACCUCUUUGAGGAGGGCCUGUGCGACGCUCAGAGCGCAGCCGAGCAGGACGGAGGGCCGGACAGCACUUGCGUGGCGGCCGCCAAGGCCAUGAUGGAGGCCGUGAGCGUGGCGUGCGCCAAGUACGUCGCGCGCAUGUCCAGCGCGCCGCCCAUCGGCAACACCAAGCUCGACCGGGAGCGGCUCAAGCUGUGCAUAUCGGAAAUAGAACAAAUCAGCGCUCUGACGCGCAGCCUCAAAGCUCUAGUAACCAAAAAUUCUCUGAAGGACAGACUGCGCACCGCCUUCACCUACUUGAGCCGACUCAAACAUUUGUGCGAAGAUUGGCCCGGGAAAAAAGCAAGCUUACCGAGUGGCUGGGCCAUACCGGCCAAGAUCAGCAUGUACGCAUGGCUCGGUGUCCUCCAAGACAAGCGGCAUUUUAUUGACAACCUUCCCAUAGGAUACGAACAUAGCUCAGAAAUUAAAAAUGCUGAAAAGUUAAGGGCGCACCCCCCGUCAGUGCUAUUCUAUGCAGAGAGACAUAGUUUUCAAAUGAGGGCCUACAUUUACCAAGCGAGGUCCUUAAUAGGCUCAGAUUCAUCGGGUCUGUCUGAUCCUUUUGCAAGAAUAAUGAUUGGAGACUGCUCCGGCACUACUCAAGUGAUCGACGAGACCUUGAGCCCCACGUGGGACGAGCUCAUCGUGUUCAACGACGUGCUCUUGUACAGCACGGUCACCUACAUCAAAGCUAAUCCACCGACUGUAGUGGUGGAAAUAUUUGAUCAAGACAAAGUGGGCAAGUCCGAAUACAUAGGCCGAACUCUAGCUAGGCCCGUCAUAAAAUCUUACGAAGAAGUAUGCGACAGCAAACAGUUCCCACCUUCUCUCGAAUGGUUCGAAGUCUCCAGAGGCGAUUCUAAGGCUGGUGAACUUUUAGCAGCAUUCGAGCUUUUAGAAAUACCUAAGAAACAAGACGCAUCGGUAUUGCCCGAACUACCACCACCUAAAGAAAUUACCGGAAAAGCUCCGACUGAUGUUAAAAAAGAUAUAGUUUAUCCAGUGCCGAUGGGGAUUCGCCCAACUCUCUCGAAAUAUAGACUGGAAGUGCUAUUUUGGGGCUUACGAGAUCUAAAACGCAUCCAUUUGCUCACUGUGGACAAGCCUCGGGUGGACAUCGAGUGCGCUGGAAACAUUAUAUAUUCAACGGUGAUCCAGAAUGCAAAGCGUAAUCCGAACUUUGCUUACCCGGUCAAGUACAUGGACGUAGAACUCCCCGAUCAGGACCUGUACCGGCCCCCUCUCACUAUCCGCGUCGUAGACUGCCGCAGCUUCGGAAGGAUCACGCUCGUCGGGACGCACACUAUCAACUCCAUUCACAAAUACAUCUACACGCCGAUGAGCAAACGCGAAAGAGAAAUAGAGGAACGUAAAAAGUCACUGAUUCAACUGGAAAAUGUGGACUUGCGCGCUAAUUGCAUCAUUCAAGAUGAUGUAUAUGCUGUGGAGAAUGAAAGGGAAAGCUGUCCGCUGCUGGCUCGGGAAGGACGACAGGCGUACGGCUCCGGAGCCAAGCCCGUGCGGAAACAGCACAGUGCGAAGGGAGAAGGCGCCAAAAGGAAGGCCAGUGCGGAUUCAGCUAUCGAUGAUGAUGAAACUACGAAGGAUUGGUGGACCAAAUAUUUUGCCUCUGUCGAGCUGAUGAUCGAAGGAGAGAAGGAAAAUAAGAAAGAACGCCAAGGCUAUUUGCAAGAGGCGUUUAUCGGUGAAGUAGGCUCCCCGCGUGAGGAAGCUCCCGGCCUGCACCAGGAGGCCGACCGUCCCAAGCGGCGGCCUUCGCGCGUACUCACCGCUAAUUUGACACAUACGCUCGUGAAAAAGAAUGAAAUUCCUAAGUCGGCUUUGACUAAGAUAUACCCACACGAACUCGAAGCCGUACCGGAGUUCGAGGAGUUCAAGGAGUGGCUUCACUCGUUCGAGUUGUAUCGCGGCAAAAAGACCAACGACGAGCCCGAAGAUGAUAACCGAGUGGUCGGCGUAUUUAAGGGCGCCAUUAAAGUUUACAAAUGGCCACUACCAAGAGGAAUCGAUGACCAUACAGUCAUGGGCUUCGAUCCCAACCAUGGAUUUUUCCAAGGUGUCCCGAAUAACGAUCCCAUACAUGUUUUAGUACGUGUUUACAUCGUUAAGGCUACGGGUAUUCACCCGAUGGACUUGAACGGCAAAGCUGAUCCCUAUAUAGUUCUGCAUCUAGGGUCUAAAAAGAUAAGCGACAAGGAGAACUAUGUCUCGAAGCAGCUCAACCCAGUUUUCGGCAAGUGCUUUGAAAUCGAGGCGACUUUCCCACAAGAUUCCAUGCUGACGAUCCAGGUCUACGAUUGGGACUUGCUGGGAGCUGACGACCUGAUCGGUGAGACCAAGAUCGAUCUCGAGAACCGGUUCUACAGCCGCCACCGGGCCACGUGCGGACUACCCAUCAAAUAUGAGGAGCAAGGCUACAACCGCUGGCGCGACGCUAUGAAGCCCACACAAAUCCUGGCUAAGCUCUGCAAGGACGGCAAGCUGGAUCCGCCGGUCUACGAAUACGGACGCGUCAGGGUCGGCCGCGCCGUGUUCAACAUGUCGAUGGAUGACGAGUUGCUCUCCAACCCGGAAACCGCGGAGGAGCAGAUGGCUCUGAAUGUACUUCGGCGAUGGCAGGAGGUGCCGCGCGUGGGCUGUCAUCUCGUCACUGAGCACAUAGAGACCCGAUCCUUGUACAAUCCGAGCAAACCGGGAAUCGAACAGGGUCGACUUGAAAUGUGGGUGGACAUGUUUCCAAUGGACAUGCCCCUGCCCGGCCCUCCGCUAGAUAUUUCAGCUCGCAAGCCCAAGUCGUACGAAAUGAGAGUCAUCGUGUGGAACACUGACGACGUAGUGCUGGAAGACGAUGAGUUCUUCACUGGAGAGAAGAUGUCGGAUAUUUACGUGAAAGGGUGGGUGAAAGGCCCUGAAGACUGUCAAAGCACGGACAUCCACUACCGCUCUCUGACCGGGGAGGGCAACUUCAACUGGCGCUUCGUAUACCCGUUCGACUACCUGGAGGCCGAAGAGCGCAUCGUGAUCUCUCGCAAGGAGUCGGUGUUCUCGUGGGACGAGACGGAGUGUAAGAUACCGGCGCGGCUCGAGCUGCAAGUUUGGGACGCGGACCAUUUUUCCGCCGAUGACUUCUUAGGGGCAGUAACUCUAGACCUUAAUCGGUUCCCACGCGGGGCCAAGUCUUCAAAACUGUGUACGCUGGACAUGCUGCGCAGUGAUGGUUCGGUCCCGAUGGUGAACAUUUUCAAGCAGAAGCGUGUGAAGGGCUGGUGGCCUUUCUAUAUCAAGCGGGACACUGAAGAGAUGGAACUGACGGGCAAAGUGGAGGCGGAGAUCCAUUUGCUGACCAUAGAGGAGGCCGAGAAAGUGCCAGCUGGGCUGGGACGGAGCGAGCCGGAUCCCUUGGAUAAACCGAAUCGGCCGGACGCUUCAUUCAUGUGGUUCCUGAACCCCCUGAAGUCGAUCCGCUACAUCGUGUGGCACAACUACAAGUGGGCCAUCGUGAAGUACUCCGUCGUCCUCAUCGUGGCCAUCUUCAUCUUCCUGCUGGUGUACAACAUUCCCGGAUACACCAUCAAGAGAUUCCUCGGAGCUUAACACUUAGUACUGACGAUCGCUUACUCGUACGAUUAGUUUUAUAAUUA